GGUUCACAGUCACUGCUUGGGAAGGGCAGUAACCAGCUAGUGCCUAUCCAGUGUGACCACCGACGCACGCUGGGUGUUCAGCUCCCCGUCGUACUUCUGGGAGACUGCAAUGUCGGGACCGGAUGGCACUGACCCACCUAGUGACGCCGUCUUUGAAUAUGACGGCUCAGGGGAACUGCUCGUUACGGAGACGAUGAUGACCAGCUACCGCGUCAAUGGAUACGCGUACAUCAGGAAGCUGCUAUCCAGCGAAGAGAUCGUUCAUCUGAACCAUGCCAUUGACGAGUCUGCGGAGCUGAAGAGGCACGCGUUCGGCCGCACGGACGACCAGGGACGCAAGAGUGAGAUCUGCGUCUGGAACCACCCCGGUGACGACGUUCUGGGCACCGUAUCCAGGACCAGAAAGGUGGCGUUCACCGCGCAGCAGCUUAUGGGUGGCGAGGAGGUCUAUCACUACCACGCCAAGCUCAUGAUGAAGAGGGGACGCAUCGGGGGUGCCUUCGUGUGGCACCAGGACUACGGUUACUGGUACAAUAACGGAUGCAUGUUUCCCGACAUGUGUUCUGUGUUUAUGGCCAUCGACGACUGUUCGACGGAAAAUGGAUGCCUGCAGGUGCUGAGGGGCUCCCACCGCGCCGGCCGUAUCGUGCACACCACAGUGGGCGAGCAGGCGGCCGCCGACCCGGCCCGUGUCCGGCACCUGAGCCGCGUCUGCCCCCGCGACCUGGUCCAGAUGCGGGCCGGCGACGCGCUGUUCUUCCACUGCAACCUGCUGCACUGCUCGGCCAAUAACGACUCGGACCGGCGCCGGUUCGCGCUGAUUGCGGCGUUCAACCAGCGGGCCAACGAUCCUCUCUGGGAACACCACCAUCCGCGCUACACGCGCCUCGAGAUGGUGCCCAAUGACGCCGUUCUCAAGUGCACCAGGCUGAACAGCUCCAGUGACAAAUGGUUUGUCGACCCUGAUGCCGACACUUCCUAUGCCAACAACGAAACCGACAGCACCGAAGCAGCGGACGGCGUCGCCUAACCGAGUCGACUCACGAGACACAUAUUACAAAACCUCGGGGAUGUACCCGGCACUGCCCCGGACGGUGGAUGUCUAUUGUUGUCACUUAAAGUUUGAAAUAAUGAGGAAACUUCGGAUAGCCCGAAAAAAAUCCGAAUUUUAGGGCUUCAAUGUAAAUCCCCGAAACUUAAUGCAUUGAAAACGAAUAUUUUAUAAAUGGUAUGCCUUUAAACUUUGAAACGUUUGUUCGGGCCGCCCGGUGUCUUGAACAAUUAUAUGAUCAAUAAAUGCCUGAGACCUAACCAUCAGUCGCUUUCUAAGACAUUUUCCGAAUUGGUUUUGUAUAACUUUUCCAUUGUUACCUAUGUAUAGGGAUGGUGCAGCCAUCCGUGCCAUUACGCUAAUGCAAAUGUGUGACAAUUUAUGUGCAAUGUGAAUGGCACGCAUUCGAUUAAUGCGUGACAAAUAGUAAUGCGUUCGGUAAUCGGUAUUGCUAGUGGUAAACAUGCUAUCAGCACGACAGAAAUGCUACGAGGGUCUAGGACGCCUCAAAAGCGUCAUCCGCGGCUGGGCUGCCGCUCGAGCUCAGGAACUGCGCCAUAACGAUCAUGUAGGUGAUGGUGGCGGAGACGAUGCUGAGCAGGGUGGCGCGCCGCAGUCGGAACAGGCCCAGGUCGCCGAAGUUCUCCAGGUCGCGGGCGGCGGCCUCGCGCAUCCAGACGGCGGUCCUGCGGGCCGGUCCGGCGCCGAGGCGGCGCUCCAGCAGCAGCAGGUGGUCGCGGCUGGCCGACACGCCCGACAGCAACCGCUGGCACGUCUCGCACGGCGCCACCAGCAGCAGCACGACCAGCACGGCCUGAGCCGCCGGGAACAUCACCGACACAGGGCUGGCCCGCGCCGUCACCAGGUGCACCAGCGCCGUCACCACCUGGACCUCAGCCAGCACGCCGAACAGCGUCGGCACCACCAGGUCGGCGGCCAUGGCGGACGUCAGGCGCGCUAGCAGAGCCGACAGCCGCGUCUGCAGUCGCUCCAGAUGCGGCGGCAAGGCCACGGGGUCCUCAGCGGCCACCACCACCAGAGCGGCGUUCAGCGUGUGCAGACUGUCAUUCAGGAGGACGCCGGCGAACAUGUACUUGAGUGGCACGAGCUGGGAGAACGUAAGAAUGAAACACUUCAUGGCAUCUUUCAGCAGGCUAGUCGCACAGGUGACUGGCACAGCGCAGUCGGUAGACACCACCUUUUCAAUGCAGAGCGAUAUGAAGAUGGCUGUGACUAUCACCACCGCCUUCAGCAGCAGUAGGCUGAGGUUGCGGCCGGAGGCCGAUCUGCCGCCGCCGUAGGACGCAGCCAGCGCCUGUCUCUCCUGCAGCAGCUGCGGCAGCUCGUCCAGCAGCGCGUCGAACCGGCGGCUGCCGAUGACGAAGGUCAGCGUCAGCGCCAGCCAGACCAGCACCAUCGUCAGCCCGAAGAAGUGAGACUCGAGCGUGGCGUUGACCCAGUGCUCUCCGCGCUUCUCGGCGUCCAGACCGCGCCGGACGUCAUCACGGACCGCCACCCAGCAGCCGACCGUCAGCAGGACGUACAGCAGGCUGUACCACAGCAGCGAGCACCGACGCGGCCGCGGCCGGAUGGCCAUGCCGCUCAGACGCAGCAGUCGGAUCAGAGCGCGCAGAGGGCGGCUGGCGCCCCCGUCCCCGGAACCGCCACUGGUCGGGGGCGCGGGCACCACGCGCUGAUCCCCAGGGGGCAUAUCUGACCUGGCUGGCGGGAUGAGUAAAUCCGCGCAUUAGCUUUGAAAAACGAAUGUGAGGCACGACAGGAGUGCCACACUUACGCUGCACCAAGCUGUGAUGCCGUGAUUCCUGUCAGUCGAGGCUGGGCACGUGGACGACGGUAUAGGCCCAGGAUUCCAUCCAUGAUCCAACAAAUGGCACUAAGACGGCAACAAUUACUCGUUUGGUAUUUGCAUUAGGUACGUGUCUACCUUAUUUAAUAUUCUAAUUAUUUAUUUCAACUUUAAUGACCUGGUACGGCUGCUUCCAAGAUAAUAUUCCUAUCCUAGCCAUGUAUUUAGCCUGUUCAAACAAUAAGCUCAAUAAAUCUUAUAAAUG